AUGAGAACACUCAACCAAAAGGUCAAAACUGAGACAGUGUCAAGGGAGACAUCAGAAAGGAGAAUACUCAACCAAAAGGUCAAAGCUAAGACAGUGUCAAGGGAGACAUCAGAAAGGAGAACGCCCAACCAAAAGGUCAAAGCUAAGACAGUGUCAAGGGAGACAUCAGAAAAGAGAACGCCCAACCAAAAGGUCAAAGCUGAGACAGUGUCAAGGGAGACAUCAGAAAGGAGAAUACUCAACCAAAAGGUCACACCUGAGACAGUGUCAAGGGAGACAUCAGAAAGAAGAACACUCAACCAAAAGGUCAAAGCUGAGAAAGUGUCAAAGGAGACAUCAGAAAGGAGAACACUCAACCAAAAGGUCAAACCUGAGACAGUGUCAAGGGAGACAUCAGACAGGAGAACACUCAACCAAAAGGUCAAAGCUAAGAAAGUGUCAAAGGAGACAUCAGAAAGGAGAACACUCAACCAAAAGGUCAAAGCUGAGACAGUGUCAAGGGAGACAUCAGACAGGAGAACACUCAACCAAAAGGUCAAAGCUAAGAAAGUGUCAAAGGAGACAUCAGAAAGGAGAACACUCAACCAAAAGGUCAAAACUGAGACAGUAUCAAAGGAGACAUCAGAAAGGAGAACGCUCAACCAAAAGGUCAAAACUGAGAAAGUGUCAAAGGAGACAUCAGAAAGGAGAACACUCAACCAAAAGGUCAAAACUGAGACAGUAUCAAAGGAGACAUCAGAAAGGAGAACGCUCAACCAAAAGGUCAAAGCUGAGACAGUGUCAAGGGAGACAUCAGAAAGGAGAACACUCAACCAAAAGGUCAAAACUGAGACAGUAUCAAAGGAGACAUCAGAAAGGAGAACGCUCAACCAAAAGGUCAAAACUGAGAAAGUGUCAAAGGAGACAUCAGAAAGGAGAACACUCAACCAAAAGGUCUAA